CCGCCCCUCCACUGCCCGUGCCUCCGGCCGCCGCCCCGCCCGCCUCAGUCCCCGGUGGUGGCCGCCGCGGAACCGCGUGUGCCCGCCGGGCAGGGCCAUCUGCAGCCCGCGGCGCUGACUGGCGGGGUCCCGGCGCCGGGAGCAUGAGCGCAGGCUGGGCGCGCGGGGCGGCGGUGGCCCCCCGAGUGGUGCCGGCGCCCUGCGCCUCGAAGGUGGAGCUGCGGCUGAGCUGCCGGCACCUGCUGGACCGCGACCCGCUCACCAAGUCGGACCCCAGCGUGGUGCUGCUGCUGCAGGCGCAGGGCCAGUGGGUGCAGGUGGACAGGACAGAGGUGGUCCGGAGCUGCCUGCACCCCACGUUCUCCAAGGUCUUCACACUUGACUACUACUUCGAGGAGGCGCAGAAGCUGCGGUUCGAGGUCUACGACAGUCACGGGCCCGGCAGCCUCAGCUGCCAGGACGACGACUUCCUGGGGGGCAUGGAGUGCACCCUGGGGCAGAUUGUGGCCCAGAAGAAGGUGACCCGACCGCUGCUGCUGAAGUUCGGCCGGAACGCGGGCAAGUCCACCAUCACGGUGGUAGCUGAGGACAUCUCCACCAACAACGGGUACGUCGAGCUCUCCUUCCGGGCCCAGAAGCUGGACGACAAGGACGUCUUCAGCAAGUCGGACCCCUUCCUGGAGCUGUACCGGGUCAACGAUGACCAGAGCGAGCAGCUGGUGUACCGGACGGAGGUGGUGAAGGACAACCUGAGCCCCGUGUGGGAGCCCUUCAAGGUGUCGCUGAACUCCCUGUGCAGCUGCGAGGAGACCCGGCCGCUGAAGUGCCUGGUCUGGGACCACGACUCCCGCGGGAAACACGACUUCAUCGGAGAGUUCGCCACCACCUUCGCCGAGAUGCAGACGGCCUUUGCCGAGGACCAGGCCCAGUGGGAAUGCGUGAACGCCAAGUACAAGCAGAAGAAGCGCCAUUACAGGAACUCGGGGCUGGUCAUUCUGGCCGACCUGAAGUUCUCCAGGGUCUACUCCUUCCUGGACUACAUCAUGGGCGGCUGCCAGAUCCACUUCACGGUGGCCAUCGACUUCACAGCCUCCAAUGGGGACCCCCGGAACAGCUGCUCCCUGCACUACAUCAGCCCCUUCCAGCCCAACGAGUACCUGCAGGCCCUGGUGGCCGUGGGCGAGGUCUGCCAGGACUACGACAGCGACAAGAGGUUCUCCGCUCUGGGGUUUGGAGCCCGGAUUCCCCCCAAGUUUGAGGUGUCCCAUGACUUUGCCAUUAACUUCAACCCUGAGGACGACGAGUGUGAAGGAAUCCAGGGCGUGGUGGAGGCCUACCGGAACUGCCUGCCCCGAGUCCAGCUCUACGGCCCCACCAACGUGGCGCCCAUCAUCUCCAAGGUGGCCCGCGUGGCUGCCGCCGAGGAGCGCACCGGGGAGGCCUCUCGAUACUACAUCCUGCUGAUCCUGACGGACGGCGUGGUGACCGACAUGGCAGACACACGGGAGGCCAUCGUGCGGGCCUCCCACCUGCCCAUGUCCAUCAUCAUCGUGGGCGUGGGCAACGCCGACUUCACGGACAUGCAGGUCCUGGACGGGGACGACGGCGUCCUGCGCUCCCCGCGGGGCGAGCCCGCGCUCCGGGACAUCGUCCAGUUCGUGCCUUUCCGGGAGCUCAAGAACGCCCCCCCCACGGCGCUGGCCAGGUGCGUGCUGGCUGAGGUGCCCAAGCAGGUGGUGGAGUAUUACAGCCACAAGGAGCUGCCGCCUCCAGGCCUCGGCGCCCCAUGAGGACCC